GCUGCUGACAUGUAGCCUCAACCGUCGUGUCUUCUGAGUGUCUUUUGUUUGGUUUUAAUUAAAAAAUUAAUCACCAUCUGUUAUAUUUACGUUUCUUUCUAUAUUUUGAAGCUGUGUGAAGUGAGGUACCCAAUUAUAAAAAGAUGUACAAGUUCAGGCUACACGGUCUGGUCGCGGACCUAUGGCCGCUGAUCAGAAUCAUGCAAAUGAUCGGCUUCUUCUUGCUGGACUACCAUGAAGACAUGAGCUUCGGCUGGACGUCCAUCAGAGCGGGAUAUGCUGGGUCCAUAUCUGGCCUCAUGGUUAUACAAUUCGCCCUGAUCGCCAUCAACCUCAUGAAGCAAGCAGACGAUGUCAAUGACCUGACAGCCAACACGAUCACCGUGCUCUUCUUCGUCCACUCCCUGACAAAGUACUUCUACUUCGCGUUGCGUCGCGGCAAGUUCUACCGGACUCUGGCAACUUGGAAUAACGCUAACAGCCACCCGCUCUUUUCGGAAAACCACUCUCGCCACCACGCGACAGCUGUCGCCAGCAUGAGGCGCCUGGUGAUAUAUGUGACCAGUGCAACCGUAAUCAGCGGGUUUGCCUGGACCAUCAUCACCUUCAUCGGGGACAGCGUGCACGAAACAGCAGACCCAGAGAACGCGAAUGAGACCAUUCUGGAGGAGGUGCCACGUCUCAUGCUGCGAUCCUGGUACCCCUGGAAUGCUUUGUCAGGCGGAGGCUAUAUCGUGUCCUUUAUCAUUCAGAUCAUUUGGUUGUUUCUGGCCCUGUUACAUGCCAUGAUGAUGGACACGAUGUUCUGCUGUUGGCUCAUCUACACAUGUGAGCAGCUCAUUCACCUGAAAGAAAUUAUGAAACCACUCAUGGAGCUCAGUGCAUCGCUGGAUACCCUCGUGCCUCACUCUGCAGAGCUGUUCCGUGCAGUCAGUGCCACGGCCAACAAUCCUAUACCUUCAGGCGACAGUGAGGGAAUUCGCGCCAUAUACAGCAAUCAGCACGACUUCUCCAACUUCCGACUGAAUACAGGCACACUGGCCAAUGUCAACAGCGGCUCUGUGGGUCCAAACGGACUGACGAAGAAGCAGGAAAUAUUAGUGCGGUCCGCCAUCAAGUACUGGGUGGAGCGUCACAAGCACGUGGUCAGAUUCGUCGGCAAUAUUGGGGACACAUACGGUUCCGCCCUGCUGCUGCACAUGUUGACCAGUACGGUGACCUUGACACUGCUCGCCUACCAGGCCACAAAGAUCGAGGCCGUGGAUGUGUACGCGUGCUCAGUGAUAGGUUAUCUGGUCUACACACUGGGACAAGUGUUUCUCUUCUGCUUCUUCGGAAACCGCCUCAUCGAGGAGAGCUCGUCAGUGAUGGAGGCUGCCUACAGCUGUCAAUGGUAUGACGGGUCGGAGGAAGCAAAGACUUUCAUCCAGAUCGUUUGUCAACAGUGCCAGAAAGCUAUGAGCAUCUCUGGAGCCAAGUUCUUCACUGUGUCACUAGAUCUGUUUGCUUCGGUACUUGGAGCUGUAGUCACCUACUUCAUGGUGUUGGUCCAACUCAACUAGACGGAUGCGUAGGUGCUCUGGAGGUGACAAUUACUAAUAUAACUUUCAAAGCCUGCGAAUUAUACUAAGAUAACCAACAAGAUGUCAUACUUGUAUUUAUAAAUAGCGGGAACUGUUUCUGCAAUGGCUAUUUUCGUGUAUGACGACUCACUUAUUUCGAGAAGUCCCUGACACCAUAGCGUAAACACAGCAGACGACAGCAACGAAUUAAUUAUUCGAACAUUCUUUAAAUCUGUAUGAAAAUUGAGUUUAUGUCCUACUUAAUGGCGCCUUUUAUCAUUUCAACAUACAUACUUAAUUUCGUAUUAAAACCAGAAAUUAAAUUUGUUAUCCGACGUGAUGAAGGCCUUCAUGAGGACUGGGAGUCUGUUAUAAUGAAUGGAAGUUUAAAUUUCAUGAAACAUCAGUGUUUCCGAUACCAUUCCUUUCAUACAAAAGUAUGCAGUACACGAACAAAAUGUGCAUAACAGUGAACUUUUGAACAACAAUUAAAUUAACUGCGGGAUUACAUAAACUACUCAAGUCGUUAUGCUGACACACGGUCAUCAUGUCACUGAGAACAAAUAUUUAUUGCCUCAGAGACUGAAAUAUACAAGGUAGCUAUUGAAUUCAACUACAUAUAAAGAAGCAGAAAAUCAGUAGAAAAGUUGAAAUAAUUUCCGUAUGGAAGAAUUAUAAGGAGAA